GCCUCCUGCUGGCUCCGUCUGCACCAGACAACUGCACAGAUUUACAUGCAAAGGGAUCGCAACUCCUGUAGGUGAAGUAACUCUCCAGCUCUCUCGCUUAACUGUAGGAGUCAGUUCAGACAACAUGGGUUCUGAACUAUACCUUCACUCGGAUAGCUUUGACUGGGCAACCUCGACUAAGCUGUGAGGGAAAGGAAAAAGAAAGAGUCAAAGAGAGAGAGAGAGACAGACAGAGAGAGAGAGAGAGAGAGAGAGAAAGUGACCAUGUUUGUGUAGAAGAGUCACACAGCAGUCCAACCUGAGUGUAAGAAUGAGCUUCCUGCUGUUAAUUAGAAAACCUGUAACAGGACUUCUCUGGAACUGCUUCUUGCUGCAGUCGAUUUUGGGAAGUCUCACCACUGACAACGGGAUCCAUUCCAGUUUCAUCCACGGCCGUCUAAAGAGCCAGGAGAGGCGGGAAAUGCAGAGAGAAAUCCUCUCGAUCUUGGGUCUGCCUCACCGCCCCAGACCACACUUGCAUGGCAAACACAAUUCGGCACCCAUGUUCAUGCUGGAUCUCUACAAUUCCAUGUUGAUGGAGGAGGCAGGGGGCUACUCAUAUCCAUACAAGGCCCUCUUCACCACCCAGGGACCUCCACUGGCCAGGCUACACGACAGCACCUUUCUCAGUGAUGCCGACAUGGUCAUGAGCUUCGUCAACCUGGUGGAAUAUGACAAGGAGAUUUUCCACCAGCGGCGACAUCACAGAGAGUUCAGGUUUGACCUCUCGAAGAUCCCAGAGGGGGAGGCCGUGACAGCAGCAGAAUUCCGAAUCUAUAAAGAUUAUACCAGGGAACGCUUUGUAAAUGAGACCUUCCAGAUUACAAUUUACCAGGUGCUGGAGGAGAACACAGAAAGUGAGUCCGAAUUGUUUCCCCUGGACUCUAGGACUAUCUGGGGUGCAGAAGAAGGGUGGCUGGUAUUCGAUAUUACAGCCACAAGUAAUCAUUGGGUGGUGAAUCCAAAUAAUAACCUGGGCCUCCAGCUAUUUGUGCAGACAACAGCCGGACAAAGUGUCAAUCCCAAGAUGGCAGGUCUCAUAGGAAGACUUGGGCCUCAGAAUAAACAACCAUUCAUGGUGGCCUUCUUCAAAGCCACUGAGGUCCACAUCCGGAGCGCACGAUCAGCAGGUGUUAAACAGAAGAACCAAGGUCGCUCUAGGUCUUCCAAGGGUCAGGAAUCUUUAAGAGCAACCAGUUUAGCAGAGAACAGUAGCAGUGACCAACGCCAGGCCUGCAUGAAGCAUGAGCUGUAUGUCAGCUUUCGUGACCUGGGAUGGCAGGACUGGAUCAUAGCUCCCGAGGGAUAUGCUGCAUACUAUUGUGAGGGAGAAUGCUCAUUCCCACUGAACUCAUACAUGAAUGCUACAAAUCAUGCAAUUGUUCAAACUCUGGUUCACUUAAUAAACCCAGAGAAUGUCCCGAAGCCAUGCUGCGCUCCCACACAACUCAAUGCCAUAUCCGUGCUUUACUUUGACGACAGUUCAAACGUCAUCUUAAAAAAAUACAGGAAUAUGGUGGUCAGAGCAUGUGGCUGUCAUUAGCACCAGAGAGAGAAGAACUUGUAUCUGAUGGGCUUUGGAAAGACUGCUGGUUACGGAUCUCGCGUGAUAAGUCAACUUGCUUAAUGGUCUGAGGUUGUUUAAAGGAAAAUCUAACUGUAAAUUGAGAAUUUUUUUUAAUGAUCUUUAUUUUUUAAGGUUGACUAUACAUUAAGUCUUUCUAUACUUGGAGGAAGAGCAACAAUGUUUCUGAGUAGGAAUGGCCUCCUAAAGGGUUGGGCAACCCAAAUUUUAAUAAGUGCUUGGUGGUAGAUUUGCAAUUUUUAGUGGGGAGAGGACAUUUCGUGAUAAUUGAUUUAUUUCUUUCCUGUUAAUUACUCAAUAUGAGCAGGCAAAAAAAAUCCGUACACAAUGUCUAAGGUACAAUAUAACUGGAUAUUUCUGGGUUAAUACUCAGCUGUGACCCAUCAUCUCACUGGAAGCUCAGCAGUUCCAUGACAGACUCCAUGGAAAAUUCUAGAAAUACGGCAAAAAAAUUGCUUCCCCACAAAAUGAAAUACAUGUACAGUGGCUGAGCAGGAAUGUUUUUUUUUCAUGCCAGGGAUAUUGAAAACACCAAUUGCCAUUAAUAUUAGAUUUGUAGAUAAUAAAACUCUGUGGUGUACUGAAUUCAGGGAGUGAGAAGGAGGCCAGUUUAUAUUUAGUUAACUGAUGAUAACAGAGUGGUGAUGGAGCACUACUUUUGGCUUCAGCACUUCCUGGAGAUGGGAGAAGGGGAGAGUGGUGUUAAGCAGGAGUAGUAGCAGUUUGGACUCACUGGUGAUUUCUGUUGAAUGAAACUUGAUGUAAGUAUGUAAGUGAGGAUCUCACUUAUGAUUCCACCAUGAUCAAAUGGCCUAUAUUUAGUUAUUUUGCCUCACUUAACAGGAAUGAUCUGAAGUAUUAGAUCAACCUGUGCAGUAAGGGUCAGCGCACAGGUAGGUGUAAUUUUCAAUCUCUUUUGGGUGGUAACCUGGCACAGCAAAUGGCCUCUGCCUCUGUAAUGUGAUGCCUCAACCAUCUUAGCACCCAGGAGGCAAGAGACAAUGAUACCCAACAGCUUCAGAAGUUUAGUAAUGAAAACUGGAAAAACACUUAUGAAAGUUGAUUAAAAGCAAAAUACUGCGGAUGCUGGAAAUCUGAAGCAAAAACAAAAAUUGCUGGAAAAACUCAGCAGCUCUGACAGCAUCUAUGGAGAGAACGUUUCAAGUCCAGGUGACUCUUCUUCAGAAAGUUGAUUGUUUGGCUGCUUAGUCAAAGUUAAAUGGCAGCUCUGCAACUGAGAAGAUUUGACUCAAGUGCAAAGCCUGAGAAAUUCAUAGCAGGUCACCUGAGGAGGUUUCUUCUGCUCCGUGUAGUGUAAUCUUACAGCAUGGUGCACCAGUUCUGGUCAUCUUAUUACAAAAAGGAUUUGGAGGCAUUGAGAUGAUAUGAAAAAGAUACAGAAGGUUGAUGCUAGAACUGAGGGGAUAUACUCAUUAAGAAAAACUGAACAGAGUUGAAUUGUUGUCUCUAGAAGAGAGAAGAUUUAGGGACAUUUAAAAGAGGUCUUUAAAAUUAUAAAGGGGUUUGAUAGGGUAGACACAGAGGAAAUGUUUCAACAUGUGAGGGAGACCAAAAUCAGAGGCCAUAAAUAUAAGGUAAUCACCAAUAAGUCAAAAAGAGAAUUCAGGACAAAUAUCUUUAUCUGGAACUCACUGAGGCGAAUUGGCUAAAUGCAUUUAAGGGGAAGCUGGGUAAACAAGUGAGGAAGAAAGAAAUAAACAAUUAUGCUUAUAGGGGUAGAUGAAGUAAGGCAGGAGGAUGCUCAUGUAGAACAUAAACACUGGCACAGACCAGCUGAGCCAAAUGGCCUGUUUCUGUGCUGGAUACUGUAUGUACUUCUCUGCAAUCAGAAACAUAGGACUUAGGAAUAGGAGUAGGUCAUUCAGCCCUUCGAGCCUGCUCCCCCAUUCAAUAAGAUCUGGCUGUGGUCUCAAUUUCAUUUUCCCAUCUGACCCCAUAACACUUGACUCCCCUAUCUUUCAAAAACCUGUCUAACUCUACUUUGAAUAAAUUCAAUGAUCCAGCCUCCACUGGUCUCUGGGGAGCAGAAUUCCACAUAAUAAUGAGCCUCUGAGAGAAAAAAUUUCUCCUAAUCUCUGUCUUAAAAGAGAAGCCUCUUAAACUGUGUCCCCUAGUUCUAGUUCUAGUCUACUACACAAGGAGCAAAGCAAGCCUAUCCCUUCACCUAUCCUUACCAAUGAGUUGCAGUCCAGAAUCCUAGCAUUGCAUUAAUCUUCUCCCUUUCCAGAAAGUUUACAUUCAACAAUCUAUCCAACCAUCCAAAGUAAACUUCACUGUUCAAUCAAUAUUCAAAAAUAACCUGUAUCUCUCAUUACCUGCAAUAAUCUGGAGCUGUUCAUUCCCCCUGAUAACCAACAUCAAAACAACAGCUUGCACUUAUAUAGCACCUUUACAUCCCGAGGUGCUUCACAGGAGUAUAAUCAAGUAAAAUGACACCAUGAGAUAUUAGGACAGGUGACCAAAACUCUAGUCAAAGAGGUAGGUUUUAAGGAGCGCUUUUGAAGGAGGAAAGGUAGAGUUGGAGAGGUACAACAAGUGAAUUCCAGAGCUAAGGGCCUAAACAUCUAAAGACAACCAUCAAUGGCUAAUGGUUAAAAAAUAGGCGUGAGCAAGAGGCCAGAGUUGGAGGACCACAGAGAUCUCUAAGGACUGUGGGGCUGGAGGAGAUUGUAAAUAUAGGGAGGGGUCAGGUCACGGACGGAUUUGGGAACAAAGAUGAGAAUUUUAAAAUUGUAGUGCUGCAAGAUCAGGAUAUUCUGAUUUUACCAUGAUUUUCUUAUUUAGCCUGAUGAGCUGGGAUAAUCUAAACCUGCCAUUUUUACCACUGGUUACCCAGGAUAACCUGAACCUACUCUUUACCCUGAUUCCUCAGGAUAAUCUAAACCAACUCUAUUACUGAUGAGGGAUUUACAUUAAGGCUACCAGUAGGAAAAGCCCAGAGACCAUAUAUAUCCCUAAAAUGAGAUUAUGAUGAGAUUGAGCUGUGGAUCAAAUUUUCGCAUUGUGUGCAAACUCCAGUUCACACUGCUGUUCCGAAAUCAUUUACCUUCUAAAGUUUGAUUGCUUCCAGAUUUUCAUUUUUGCAGUGAAUCAGGAAAAAUCUCCACUAAGUUACUGUGACAGGAGUCUGUUCUGAAUAAAGCAAUCCUCAAAUCUU